CAUCCAAGUCUCUGUAAUGGCCACAACAUCGCAUCUCCAAAUACUGACCCACGCUGUAAGCUCAUCCACUUUGUUCACAACACUCCUUGCAUUAAAAUAGACACAUCUCAAACCUUCGGUCUCUAUCACCUGCCUGUCCUCCCUCUUGCACUGUCUACAAGCUUUCUCUAUUUGUGAGCCAACUUCUUCCUCUGUCUCUUCAGUUCAGUUCCCACCCCCCAGCAAUUCUAGUUUAAACUCUCCGCAGUAGCCUGAGCAAACCUCCCCGCCAGGAUAUUGGUCCCCCUGGGAUUCAAGUGCAACCUGUCCUUUUUGUACAAGUCACACCUGCCCAAAAGCAGUCCCAAUGAUCCAGAAAUCUGAAUCCCUGCCCCCUGCUCCAUUCCCUCAGCCAUGCAUUUAUCCUCCACCCCAACCUAUUCCUAUACUCACUGUCGUGUAGCACAGGGUAAUCCCGAGAUUACUACCUUUGCCGUCCUGCUUCUCAACUUACUUCCUAACUCCCUGUAGUCUUUUUUCAGGACCUCUUCCCUUUUCCUACCUAUGUCAUUGGUACCAAUAUGUACCACGACCUCUGGCUGUUCUCCCUGCCACCGCAGGAUAUCUUGGACACGAUCCAAAACAUCCCGGACCCUGGCACCUGGGAGGCAAACUACCAUCCGAGUUUCUUUCCUGUGUCCACAGAAUCACCUGACUGAUCCCAUAACUACUAUCACUAUUGUCCCCUAUCACUAAUGCAUUCCUCUUCCCUUCCCUACCCUUCUGAGCCACAGGGCCAGACUCUGUGCCAGAGGCAUAGCCACUGCCACUUCCCCUAGUUAGGCUGUGCCCCCCCCCCAACAGUACUCAAACAGGAGUACUUAUUUUCAAGGGGUACAGCCACAGGGGUACUCACUAACACCUGACUCUUCCCCUUCCCCCUCCUGACUGUGACCCACCUAUCUGUCUCCCAUGCCCCAGUGUGAUCACCUGCCUGUAACUUCUCUCUUUCACGUCCUCACUCUCCCUGACGAGGCAAAGGUCAUUGAGCUGCAUCUCCAGUUCCCUAACUCAGUCCCUCAAGAGCUGCAGCUCGACACACCUGGGCCAUCUGGGAGGCUGGGAGACUCCAGGACCUCCCACAUCUGACACCGAGCACCGAAAACUGGCCUCACACUCAUACUACCUCCUUUCUGCAAUUAACACAGUUAAACCUACCUCAUCUUUUCCUGUUAGUGCCAAUGCCCUACCACUCUGCUGCCUCUCACUCUGAGGAAAUCGGUACCGAGGGAUGUCAAGGGUUAAAAAGGACAAGGAAUUUAUCUACAGAAAUCUCAUACAUGGCACGCCAGUUUUGCUGUCUCUGUCCACGUAUUUAAGAAGGGAUUCACUUGAUCACACUUCCUGCUCAGACUGUGGGGAGGGACUCACUCAGACAUCUGACCGACUGGCACUCCUGUCAUUUUACGCAGGGAAAGGCCAUUCACCUUUUCAGUGUGGGGAUUCAAGGUCAUAUGAUGUUACAGGGGACAAGGCCGUUCACCUGUGGGUGAGAAGGGAUUCAGUCAGUCUUCCCACCUGUGGACACACCAGUCAGUACACACUGGGCAGAGGCUGGUCAUCUGCUGAAUUUAUGGGAAGGAUUCACUUGGUCAUCUGACCUAAUGGCUCAACAGCGAGUUCACACCGGGGAGCAGGUGUUCACCUGUUCGGAUUGUGGGAAGGGAUUCACUUGCUCAUCUAAACUGAAGGUACAUCAGAGGGUUCACACUGGAGAGAGGCCAUUCACCUGCUCAGACUGUGGGAAGGGAUUCACUGAGUUAAAUAGCCUACAAGCACACCUGUCAGUUCACACUGGAGAGAGACUGUUCACCUGCUCAGUGUGUGGGAAGGGAUUCACUCGGUCAUCUGACCUAAUGACACACCAGCGAGUUCACACCGGGGAGCGGCCGUUUACCUGCUCAGACUGUGGGAAGGGAUUCACUUGCUCAUCUAAUCUGAAGGUACACCAGAGAAUUCAUAGUGGGGAGAGGCCAUUCACCUGCUCAGUCUGUCGAAAGGGAUUCACUCAAGCAUCCAACCUACAAGGACACCAGCGAAUUCACACUGGGGAGCGGCCGUUCACCUGCUCGGACUGUGGGAAGGGGUUCACUUGCUCAUCCCAUCUGAAGGAACAUCAGCGACUUCACACUGGGGAGAGGCCAUUCACCUGCUCGGACUGUGGGAAGGGAUUCACUUGCUCAUCCCAACUGAAGAUACAUCAGCGAGUUCACACCGGGGAGAGGCCGUUCACCUGCUCAGACUGUGGAAAGGGAUUCACUCGGUCAUCCGACCUACUGGUACACCAGUCAGUUCACUCUGGGGAGAGGCCAUUCACCUGCUGUGAAUGUGGAAAGGGAUUCACUCAGUCAUCCACUCUACAGAGACACCAGUCAGUUCACACUGGGGAGAGGCCGUUCACCUGCUCAGUCUGUGGGAAGGGAUUCACUCAAUCAUCCUCCCUACAGAGACACCAGUCAGUACACACUGGGAAGUAGCCGUUCACCUGCUCAAACUGUGGGAAAGGAUUCACUUUGUCAUUCAUCUCAAAUGAAGAUACAUCAGCAAGUUCACACUGGGGAGAGGCCAUUCAUCUGCUCAGACUGUGGGAAGGAAUUCACACAGUUAGCUAACCUACUAGCACAACACUCAGUUCACACUGGGGAAAGGUCGUUCACCUGCUCAGACUUUGGGAAGAGAUUCUCUCAGCCAAAUCAACCAAAUGUGCAUCAUUGAGUUCACAUUGGGGUGAGGCUGUUCACCUGCUCUGAAUAUGGGAAGCGAUUAACUCA